AUGGGAAGCAUAGGAGGAGCGAGAGCGAUGACGGUGCAGGAGCUCGCUGGUGCCAUCGGCAAGCCCGACGUGCCAAUCCAGUACGUCGUGCGCGAGCACAAUGACCAGCAGCUAGAAGCGGCCGUCACAGCACCGGUCCCGGUCAUCGACUUCAGCCGCCUUUUCGAACAGGACGGCGGCGAGGCAGUGAAGCUCCGGUCAGGGCUCGACUCCUGGGGCCUCAUCUUGGUCAAUAACCAUGGCGUAGACGCCGCCGUGAUGGACGGCAUGAGAGCCGCGUCGAGGGAGUUUUUCCGGCGGCCGCUCGAAGAGAAGCAGCGGUAUACCAACCUGAUCGACGGCGAGCAGUUCCAGUUCGAGGGGUACGGGAAUGACCAUGUGAGGUCGCCGGACCAGAUCCUUGACUGGACCAACCGCAUAUACCUCAAGGUGGAGCCCGAGGACGAAAGGAGCAUUGCCCUCUGGCCAGCGCAUCCCGAAACAUUCAGGGAUACUCUGCACGAAUUCACGAAAAAGUGCGGUGGAGUGAAGGACGGCCUUCUCCGCACCAUGGCGAAGCUGCUGGAGCUUGUCGACCAUGACUACUUCAUAGACCAGCUUGGUGAGAGGGCGUCAACUCACGCUAGAUGCAGCUACUACCCGGAAUGUCCGAGGCCGGAACUCGUGUUCGGCCUCAAGCCCCACUGCGAUGGAACUGUUGUUACCGUCCUCAUGGUCGACGACACCGUCGGCGGCCUGCAAGUUCUCAGAGAUGGGGUUUGGUGGGAUGUACCCGUUGUACCUCACACGUUCGUGGUCAUUAUAGGAGAUCAAACUCAGAUAAUGAGCAAUGGAAUCUUUAGGAGCCCCGUGCAUAGGGUUGUGACAAAUGCAAAGAAGGAGAGGAUUUCGGUGGCUCUGGACUACUCAGUUGACCCCGAGAGAGAAAUCGAGCCAUCGGCUCAGCUGGUCAAUGAGGAGAGACCGGCGUUGUACAGAAAAGUGAAGGUCAAGGACUACACUUCCGCUCUAUACGAUCAUUUUUCUAAAGGGGAAAUGGUUAUCAAUAAAAUACAUACAUAA